UCUGAUUGUGAAUAAGUCUCGACGCAGCUGUCACGGCAGAGAGAGGGCGCCUCCACGACGCCUUCCUGCGGCCUUUCUGUGUUUUCAGUCCUUCUAAAUUAAUGCUGGAGACCCAAAAUGGAUUUUGGCGAUUUGUUUGACGAGCGAACGUUCACCUUUUCUGACUUCCAGGAGUUUACGUUUCUGCCUGGACACGAGCAGUGGUCAGAGAAAGUGAGGAAACGACUGUACUAUGGUCUUGAUUCUGACAGCCCCUUGGAUGCUCUAUCAUGUCCCAUGACAGAUAUUGCUGUGGAACUGCUCCAGAAAUCUGCCCCAAGUCCCAUAAGGAAACUCCACAAGAAAUACGCUGCACACGUAGCCAGGGAAGCAUGUAUAUCUCCCUGCGCUAUGAUGUUGGCCUUGAUAUACAUUGAAAGACUGCGACACAGAAAUCCCGAAUACCUGCAACAGAUCUCAUCCUCAGACCUCUUUUUGAUAUCCAUGAUGGUUGCCAGUAAGUAUUUGUAUGAUGAAGGAGAAGAGGAGGAGGUUUUCAACGAUGAAUGGGGCACUGCGGCCAAGCUGGAUGUUCAGACUGUCAACACUUUGGAGAUGAACUUCCUCAAUGCGAUCGACUGGAACCUCUUCACUGAGCCCAGUGACUUCUUUAAAGUCCUCAGUCAGGUGGAAAGCAGCAUUGCGGAGCGACAAGGAAUGAAGCGAGGCUGGUUCACCUACACGGAUCUCUGUGUCCUGUUGGAGCAAACCAAUUGGAGGGAAGCUCUAUCAGCUAUCUACCAGCACUUUACCAAGGUUACCUGUAUAUUUGGUCUCCUGUACUUGACUAGCGUAGCCGGUCUCAUCGCUUCUUCCGCCGUCAUCAUCCACCAGCUCGGCCGUCUUCCCAAUACCAGCCGCACUUACUUGGACCCGAUGAAACACACAUCCAUUCAGACACCAGCACUUCUCCCCGAGCUCUUGCCGGACACACCACGCCCAACCUCAAACCUCCACUGCUGCGUCCUGACCAAUGACAGCUUGAAGCCGCGGCCCACCGCUGUGCCAGAUCAGCCCGGUUCUACCUCUUCUUCCUAUCAGAAUAUGGUGCCUUGUCUCUGGGGCUCCAUCAUCUCUGCUCUUUCCUACUCAAACCCCUCGUCGGACAUCCAGCCACUAGACUGUUUGGUGUCUGAAGUGAUUUGUCACAGUCACAUGAGCGGUUUCCCUGAUUGUGCAAUAGCUUGCAAUGGCUCGGCGCCUCUUUCCUCUCCGUGGUAUGCUCGUCUCACAGCACUUUGGCUUGGGUUUGCUCCAUUUAGUGAAAGCCUAAUAUUUUCAGACCCCCAUCUUAGCUCCAUGCCACCUUUUCAAAGAUGUUGCCCAGAGACGACUUUGCCAUUUGGGAAAUCGCCAUCUCUUCUCAUGCCCGGCUAGAUGAGUCUUAAAGUAAAAUAAAACCAGCAAAGUUUACAUACGCAGUCAGCUCUCGGUUUUCUUUAAUGUUGCAUACGAACCAGCCAGAUGGCUUAGUUAUAACCGGGUUGUGGUGGGAUAUCAGUAUGUUGGGGAGAAGGUUGUAAAGAGGUUUUUUACAGAAGUGGCAUAUGCUGAUGGACAGUUUGAAUUUUGAUGUGUGACGCAGUGUGCGCUAAUGCAGUAUGAACGAACAGGCUUUCUUUUCUUUCGCUUUCCGGAUGGGUUUGGUUGGUUUUAGUUGUUCUGUGAAACCUCCAAAGCAUCCAAGCAAAAAUAAUGGCAAGUGGUUACGUAAGUUAACAAAAGGCUCUGCUGUUCUGCGCGGAAGUGCGUGUUCUUGUUUUGAAUAGUUCGCAUGGUUUUGCGGAACAUGCCAAUGUCCUGAGGAGCACUGUUUUGUUUUGAAGUUCCUUCCUGUGAAAGCCUUUAUUUUCAAGUUGGGAAAUAGUUUGAAUUUAAGCCUGGUUUUGUUCACUUUGGUUCAGAAAGGAAGGGUAGGAGAAAAACAGAAAGGGAUCAGUUUUACAAUGUCGGUUAUACAAUUUAUUUAGAUUGUAAUGGUCAGAUAGUUGAUGCCAUACCUCGUCCACAAAGUGUUCAUCGUAGAUUGCUUUAGUUUGUAGUAACAAUCCUCAAUAUUUUGAUAUCCUCAAGUAGUAACAUAUUGCAGAACAGGCUAAUUGAAUAGAAUUGGGUUCAUUACUUGACUUUGUUAAUGAGUUUAAUUUUGGCUUUAUUUUAUGUUCUUUAAACAUAAUGUAAUUAAGCAAAUGGUAUUAAUAUUAUUAAGACUUGGACAUAAAAGUACCCUUUAAUACCUGAUUUAAAGAUCUCUUGCAUAUCCACCAUUAUUUCUUAAUGGCUUCCAAAGUCUGUUAACUAUUUUUUUUUCUGUCCCA